AUGAUGAUGGAAGCAAAUUGUGUUUUAUGCAAGGAGUCACAAGAGAAUGAUAACCACUUGUUUAGAGACUGCCCCAUUUCUAGCCAUACAUGGAAAGCUUCCUCUUUGGGGAUUAAUGUUUAUGCUAAUCAGCAUGUUGGUGUAAGAGAGUGGAUUAAGAACUUUCUGAAUCUUUUUUGGAAAGAAGACGGAAAUGAGAUUGUCUUAAGAAAUGUUGAUCCUAAUCCCAAUGGUAUUAUGCAUCUGAUUUAUAAGCAUAUAAAGCAAGCACGGGAGGUCGUUAAGAUGAAACAAUGGCCAGGAAGUAAAUGGCAUCGUCAAGAAGGAAUGAAUGUUAUGUAUGUAAUCAAAGGCUCUCACAAUCUGGGUUUUGCCAAUCUUAUUAUUGCAGGAUCAUGGAAGAAAGUUAAGAAGAAGGAUUACGGUGAAGCUACUAUUGGGUGGAGCAUUAUGGAAAAUAACAGAUUGAUUGUUCAAGAUGGUUAG